AUGGGAGUUGCUGAUUUGAUUAAAAGAUUCGAGAAUAUAGCUACUGAUGGCUCAACAGGGAGCGGUUUGACCAAUACCUUGUCUAGUGGGAGAAGUGGUGAUGCGAAGAGCGAAAAGGCCGCUAAAGGUGAUAAAAAUAGUGAGCACAAGCAUGUCAAUGGUUCAGAAAUUGUGAAAGACUCGGUUAUUGCACAGGAGAGCCUCGAAAAUGCUAAUGCGGUUCAAAAUUCUGCGUUGGAAAAAACUCCGGAGGGGAUUGUUGAAAGUGCAACUGUUGACGUUCCAGCCGACAAAGUAGCCGAGAACGCUCAGGAAAUACCUGCUGCGGUUGCAGAACCCGAACACGAAAAGCUUGAAGAGGAAGAAGCUGAUGCUACCACUGAGCCUGUGCCUGCCUCCGAAAGAGAAACGACGGCGGCUUUGGAUACUGAUGUCAAUGCUGCAGAAUCGUCACAAGAUCCAGAAACUGAAAUGGCUGGAAAGCCAGAAAAUUCUACAGAAGCGAAGCAGGAAUCUGUCAGCGGAUUAGUAGAGGCAUCGCAGGAGCUACAGGAACUGCCUGCUGCUCAAGCACCAUCACAAGAUAAUUCUGCGACAUCCAGCAAGAAAUCCAAGAAGAAAAACAAGAAAAAGAAGAAAAACGGUAAUGCGGGCUCUGCCGGCGACCACACAACAUCAAGGGAGGUUUCCACAUCGGAGACUUCCCAGUUGCUUUAGGCAGCCCUAACGCGAGCGAGAAAGAAACGCAAGAUGUUUCAACCAUGGAUGAAGACUUAGAAGCUGGAGAAGCUGAGUCCUUGGCGCAUGAGGAUUUGAGCGGGUCACUUAAAAACCAAGCAGUAACCGGUGAUACGAGAAUCGGACGUGAUGAUCCAUUUCAGUUCGGCCAGCGGAAACUUAACGAGGAAUCAGAUGUCUGGGAUCACAAUGCAUGGGAUAAUGUCGAAUGGGGUGAAGAACAAAUCCUUGCAGCUGAAGAAAAAAUUGCAGAACAACAUAAAAGUCCAGUCUCAGAUUUUGAUAAAGAACUUUAUAAUGGACAUCCUGAAAGAUACUGGGACAUUUUCUACAAGAACAAUCGUGAAAACUUUUUCAAAGAUCGCAAGUGGUUACAAAUCGAGUUUCCUUCCUUGUACGAGUCGACCAAGAAAGAUGCCGGUGCCAUUACCAUUUUUGAGAUUGGUUGCGGAGCUGGUAAUACCCUUUACCCUAUCUUGAGCGAAAACAAGAACGACAAUUUAAAAUUGAUUGGUGCCGAUUUUUCACCGAGAGCCGUUGAACUGGUCAAAACAAACCCUAACUUUGAUCCCAAAUUCAUUCAUGCCACUGUUUGGGAUCUUGCCAAUAAAGAUGGAGCUCUUCCCGAGGGCGUCGAGCCUCAUUCUGUUGAUAUUGCCGUCAUGGUAUUUGUCUUUAGUGCUCUAGCUCCUGAACAGUGGGCUGUAGCGGUUCAAAACUUGCAUAAACUUCUAAAGCCGGGAGGCAAAAUAUUGUUUAGGGACUAUGGGCGCUAUGAUCUGGCCCAGGUGCGAUUCAAAAAAAACAGACUGCUGGAUGAUAACUUUUACAUUCGUGGUGACGGUACUAGAGUCUAUUUUUUUACAGAGGAAGAACUCAGAAACAUCUUCACAGAAAAUAAGUAUUUCGAAGAAAAUAGAAUUGGUACGGAUAGAAGGCUCUUGGUGAAUCGUAAAAGACAGCUGAAGAUGUAUCGCGUGUGGUUACAAGCGGCCUUCGACGUACCCAUUUAG